AUGAAAAUUUUGAUGCUGUUUAUUCUGGGUUGGAGUUGUCAAAUGUUGUGGGAUUUUACAAACAAGCCUGAGUUCAGUUCAGUUGGUUUAAGUUUUGAAGAAGUAUAUGUUGAUCCAGAGAUUUUGAGUGUUAUUGAUAGAACUGUUCAGUAUGCAGAAGGAGAAAAGAAAUUUACCGGGAGUAAGGAUGAUUGGAAGGUUGUGAUGGUUGGUGAUGAUGAUGAGGUUCCUGUUGCUAUUGAAAAGAGGGAGCCUAAACCUAGUACUCAUGUCAAGUCUCCUUUUGUUACUGAGUUUGGUUCUUCUGAUGUUAAAGAAACUGUGAAGAGGAAGGGAGUGGAAGUGGUGAUUGUUAGAGGAUUGGUUCCAUUUGAAAAUGAAAUAGGGCAGAAUGUUUCAAAGAAUGAUUGCCUGGAUUAUAUUUCUUGGAUUGAGGAUAAAAUGAAUUUUAAGAAUAAGAAGAAGAAAUUUUCUGAUGUCAAUAACAUUAUCAAUCCCCCAAUGGAUUAUUCAUUUGUUAAAAUUUCUGAGAAAAUGUGGUUUUACAAGCUUCAAACUUGUGGGGAGGAGCUUAUGGACACUCAUAUAAAUGUAUGUUUUUAUUACCUGAGGAAGAAGAUUAAGCUGGUUGAUGGUUUGAACAAGAGGGUUACAACUACAGACUCUUGGUUUGAUGCAACUAUCAAGGGUUUGUAUGAUAACUUUGUGGCAGCCAAAUGUGAUUCAAGCAUCAUUCGUUUUGAUAAUCUAAUUUCAGAUUACAUUAUUGGUGAAUAUUUGUUUUGUAACACUCCUUGGGUGGAUGUGGAUCAUGUUUUUUUUCCUGUGCAUGUGAAGGUUCAGUUGCAUUGGGUUUUUAUUCACUUUUCCAUUAAGAGUAGGAUGUUAACUGUCUACAAUUCUUUGACGGGGAAGAAGAAUGAGAGUAUUGCUUUGCCAUAUGUGAAGGCUUACUCUGUUGUUUUACCAUAUUUUCUAGAUUUUCUUGAUUUUUAUUGUUCUAGGAAAGAUUUGGACUUGAAUGUUGGUCCAUAUUCUGUUGGGAAGAAGGAUCCAAUUGAUUUUAACUUUGCCAAAUACUUGUCAUUUCAAGAGGAUAAUGAUUGUGGAGUAUUUGUUAUCAAGUAUGCUGAUUUGUUUAUUCAUGGGAAGAUUGAUGACAUCCCGAAGAACAUGACUGCCAAAAUUGCUACCUAUCGUGAUUAUCUUGCCAUUAACUUGUAUAGUCAUGCAAAAAAGAAGCAGAUUGGUGGGUACAAGACAGAAGAUGAUGCUCCAUCAAAGAAAUCAAAGAGGAGGAGGAAUUAUAAGUAG